AUGACGCCUCCGCAAAAGAUCAAGCAAUGGCUUACCGGCCAGGACGGUCUCGAUAAGCUGAGAAUGGCAGAGGCAGACUGCCCUGCACCAGGCGAGGAUGAAGUACUGGUGGAAAUUCACUCCGUCAGCUUGAACUACAGAGACACCGAGGUCGCAAUGGGCCUCUACAACCACCACUCCUCCGUCAAGCAUCCCCCCGCAAUCGUGCCAUGCAGCGACAUGUGCGGCGUUGUCGUUGCCGUCGGCCCAACCUCAUCCAACACCAACGACCCCUUCAAGAACCCAGCUUUCCAACUCAAAAAGGGUGACCGCGUCAUCAGCACCUUCGCCCCAACCCAUCUGUCCGGCCAAGUCAAAGCCUCAGACAUCGCAAACGGCCUCGGCGGUCCUGCCCCAGGAGUACUGACGCAGUACCGCGUCUUCCCCACGUAUGGCGUCGUCAAAAUCCCAGACUACCUUUCCGCAGACGAAGCAGCCUGUCUCCCCAUUGCCGCAACGACCGCAUGGAUGAGCCUUAACUGCAUGCGUCCGCGGGGCGAGGUCAUCAGCAAAGGCGAAACAGUCGUGUGCCAGGGCACCGGCGGCGUCAGUAUUUCCGCCUGCCAAAUCGCCACCGCCGCAGGCGCCACCGCAAUCGUCACCUCGUCGUCCGACGACAAGCUCCAGCGCGCAACGCAGCUCGGCGCCAAGACCGCCAUCAACUAUCGCGCGCAACCCGACUGGGACAAGGCCGUGCUCUCCGCCACAGACGGCGAAGGCGCAGACAUCAUCAUCGAAGUCGGCGGCGCACAGACGCUGCGCAAGUCGUUUGAAUGCGUCCGCUUCGGCGGCUUAAUCUCGUGCAUUGGCUAUCUAUCCGGCAAGCAGGAUGAUGCCUCCGACCGCACAAACACCAAUCUGCUCUGUCUCAAGCGCAACGUCACGCUCAAGGGUAUCAUGAAUGGCCCGCGCGAUGAGCUAGAGCGCAUGCUCAAGUUUUACAAAGAGAAAGAGAUACGCCCGGUUGUUGAUCGCGUGUGGGGGUUUGAACAGGCCGAUCAGGCACUGCGGUAUUUGUUUAGUGGGGGGCAUUUUGGAAAGGUCGUUAUUAGGGUUAAGGAGUAA